GUAAAAUCAAAAACGUUAGUUGGGUAGCAGGCAGGAUCACCCUGUACCGAGUAAAAUGAGAAGGAUCACCUUGGGCAGAGGAUGAAAAGUAGAUCAGUAGCGAAACGUCAGCAGAGCGAUAAGGUCAUGAAAUAAAGUUGCUGCUCCGUAAAUUCUUCAGUUGUUCCAUUUAUCCCAUUGUUACAUUUGGUGUCAGAAGUGGGAUAUACCUAUUCUCAAAACCCGUUUGCUGUGUGCGGCUGGUCGUAUUAGUGGUUGCUGUGUGCGCCAAAAUAAAGACCUGCACGGGUGUGAAUAUACCGAUACGCGGAAAAGGUUCGCUUUACUAGCUGUGUGCGGCAGGUCGUGUGAGUGGUUGCUGUGUGCGCCAAGGGAUCGACGUGCGCGUGUGUGGUAGGCGAUUCCUGGAAAGUAUUCGGUGCUUCGGCUGUGUGCUGUUAUUCAUGUGAGAGUGCUGUGUGCACUAAAAAAGAAACAAUCGACGUGUAUGUGAGCUGUGUGUUACAGGUCGUGCGGUGUGAAUAAACUAUGGAACGAUUGGUGGAAGAAUUUACGCGUGUUGGCCUAGUGCGAAAGUGUGAAAUGGCUGGCUUGGCUACGUCCGGCAGUAAAGAGGACCUGGCGAAACGGAUCAUGGAUUCCGGAAUGACGUUAGAAGCCGUUCCCGAACAAAAUCCCAUCGAAGAUGCCGCGAACACAACGGGCUAUAUGGAUGCGGAAAGCGGAUCGCUAGUAGACGCGACAAAAACGGCCAUAAUCCAUACACCAGUGCAGCCAUACUCAUUCCGAGAUGUGGAGGACGGAAUUGAGCCCUAUGGAGCGGAUUUGACAAAGGAUAUUAGAGCGUGGUUCGACGAUUUUGAGGGUGUCGCAAAAAUGGCACUGUGGUCCGAAGACCAAAUGUUCAUCAUGUGUCGACGUAAGAUGGUGGGCAUUGCGAGAAGUUUCCUGGCGACGGAAAAAACUUUAUCAUCCUACCCGGUGUUACGAUCUAAACUGAUAAAGGAAUUCGAAAAGAUAGUACGCUCGGGUGAUGUUCAUAGAAGGCUUAUGGCUCGACGGAAAACGCAUAAGGAAACUAUGCUUGAGUACGUAUAUGAAAUGCAACGCAUAGCUCGUGACGCCGAUAUUGACGAAUGCAGCCUAAUCGAAUACAUCGUGGACGGCGUGACCCAUGAAACAAGAAUGCGUGCGUCACUGUAUCGAACGAGCAACAUGACCGAGCUAAAGCAGGAAUUGUUAUUCCUUGAAAGAGCAGAAGCCAAAAGAACAUCGGAAAAGAGUGUUACGCGAGUUGAACCAAGAAAUCAACGAAAAUGUUACAAUUGUGGCGAUGUCGGACAUGAAGCUAAGAAGUGUGUUAAAGAAGAAAACCCGAAAAAAUGCUUCGAGUGUGAUGGUGUUGGUCAUCGAGCAAGGGAAUGUGAUUCUCGAACAAAAGGACCGAAAUGUUAUUCGUGCGGUGAGCGCGGCCACGUGUCGAACAGUUGUCCAAGAAAUCGAAACAGGCACAAUCCUGGGAAUACGAACCUCGUUUCGAGUGAAAAUAGUGGAACUGUUGACAUGCGCAUCGGGCAAUACUAUUUCAAAACGCUUUUUGACACCGGCAGCGAAUACAGUUUGUUACAAUACAGUGUUAUGAACAAAAUCGGUAGCCUAUUGUUGGCAAAGACCGACAUGGUAUUCAACGGUUUUGGUGGGAAAAAAACAAAGGCAUUGGGUCGGGUAGAAACCGAAGUGUGUAUCGACGGGCAAAAUUAUCCGGUAAUGUCUUUUUAUGUGGUCCCAGACAAUAGCAGUGUUUACGAAGUGAUUUUGGGAAGGGAUGCGUUGUGUGCGAUGGACGCCUUGGUAACUGCGGAGGGCGUUAAAAUAAAACCAAGAGUGAGCGAGAAUCAGGAACAAUGCGAUGUGUUGUGUGCGAAUGCCUUGACGAUAAACGGCGCAAAUGAAGUAUCAAUACAUCAUCAGUAUCGGAAUGAGAUAGGGCAAAUGAUCGAGGAUUUCAAAGAUAAGGAGAAAACCAACUCGAAAUGGUCAUGUAAAAGUCCGGUUGAACUGGAAAUUGUUCCCGAUGGACAAAUAAUGCCAUUUAGGCAUGCGCCCAGCAGGCUGCCUUUCGUGCAGGAACAAGCAGUAAACAAACAAGACGAUCAGUUGAAAGCAAUCAUGGCUGUGUUAGAGAAAGCAAAGUACGAUCCUUACAAAAUGAAAAACGGUCUAUUACAUCGAGCUGUGGAAGGGCAAGACUUGUUGGUGGUUCCGCGUCUGAUGGAAAGGCAGAUAAUAUCAGAUGCUCACAACGCAGGUCACAUUGGAGUACAAAAGAUGAUGCAUGGUAUAAGACAAAAGUUUUGGAUCCCUCAUUUGGAGAUGAAGGUGCGACAACACAUUGGCAAUUGUGUUCCGUGUAUUUUGCACAAUAAAAAGCUUGGAUUGAAGGAGGGUUACCUGAGUCCUAUUCCGAAAGGGGACGUGCCUUUGCACACACUUCAUAUGGACCACGUAGGCCCCAUGGAUACCACAGCGAAACAAUACAGGUAUAUUCUAACAAUAGUUGAUAGUUUUUCUAAAUUUGUUUGGUUAUACCCCACACGUACUACAACUGCUGAGGAAGUACUACGGAAACUGGAGUGUUGGUCAGCCGUGUUUGGAAAUCCGACAAGGAUUAUCACCGAUAGAGGAUCAGCGUUCACGUCCAAUACAUUUGCUGCGCACGUUCAGAACCAGGGUAUCGAGCACAUCGUUUCUACUACCGGAGUGCCACGGGGAAAUGGACAAGCGGAGCGAGUUAACCGGACGGCUAUAGAAAUGCUGGCGAAACUAUCGACAGAAGAUCCGUCAAAAUGGUUUAAGUGGGUGAACCGAGUGCAACGUGCGAUAAAUGCGUAUUAUCAUUCAACAACGGGCAAAACACCGUUUGAACUGAUGUUUGGCGUGAAGAUGAAAAAUAGCAGUGAUGAUCAGCUGAGGGAAAUUAUAAAUAAAGAAUGGUAUGAAUAUCAUGAUAACGUAAGGCAGGAAUUGCGAAAAGACGCUCGUAUUGCUAUAGAACAAGCGCAGCGGCGCUACAAGGAUCAAUUCGAUAAGAAACGAAAACCUGCGUCAGGGUAUAAGCUAGGAGAGUUGGUAGCUAUCAAACGAACGCAAUUCGUUGCUGGUAAGAAACUUGCUAGCGAAUACUUGGGUCCCUACGAAAUUAUGCAUGUAAACCGCAACGGGCGGUAUCGCGUUAGGAAAGUAGGACUUGGCGAAGGACCGCUAGAGACGAGUACAAGUGAAGAUAAUAUGAGGCUAUGGGCUUAUGCGUUAACAGCAGAAGAGGGAGAUGAUGAAGAUCAAGGGUCUGACUUCAAUCAGGACGACCGGAUGUAAAAUCAAAAACGUUAGUUGGGUAGCAGGCAGGAUCACCCUGUACCGAGUAAAAUGAGAAGGAUCACCUUGGGCAGAGGAUGAAAAGUAGAUCAGUAGCGAAACGUCAGCAGAGCGAUAAGGUCAUGAAAUAAAGUUGCUGCUCCGUAAA